AAGCGGCAGCGCGAUUAGCAACGGCAUUUUUUAUUUUUUUUUAAGGAAAGCGGGAACGGCUCAGGGAAGGAUCGGUGUUAAUUCCAGAAGAAGAGGAUUCGGAUUUUAAUCCACACACACUAUGCCGCGGGAGAUUAUUACUCUGCAGCUGGGGCAGUGUGGCAACCAAAUUGGAUUUGAAUUUUGGAAACAGCUCUGCGCUGAACAUGGUAUUAGCCCUGAAGGAAUUGUAGAGGAAUUUGCCACUGAAGGCACUGAUCGCAAGGAUGUCUUUUUCUAUCAGGCAGAUGAUGAACAUUAUAUCCCACGGGCUGUUCUUUUGGACUUGGAGCCACGAGUGAUCCAUUCCAUUCUGAAUUCUCCAUAUGCCAACCUUUACAACCCUGAGAACAUAUACCUAUCUGAAGAUGGUGGUGGAGCUGGAAACAAUUGGGCUAGUGGCUUUUCACAGGGAGAAAAGAUCCAUGAAGAUAUUUUUGACAUUAUAGACAGAGAAGCUGAUGGCAGUGACAGUCUAGAGGGUUUUGUGCUGUGUCAUUCCAUUGCUGGUGGGACUGGCUCUGGCUUGGGCUCUUACCUUCUGGAGAGGUUAAAUGACAGGUAUCCCAAGAAGUUGGUGCAGACGUAUUCUGUAUUCCCUAACCAGGAUGAGAUGAGUGAUGUAGUGGUGCAGCCAUAUAACUCUCUCUUGACACUCAAACGGCUGACAGAGAAUGCUGACUGUGUGGUGGUUCUAGAUAAUACAGCUCUGAAUCGUAUUGCUACUGACAGAUUGCACAUCCCAAAUCCUACCUUUUCCCAAAUCAACCAGUUGGUCUCUACCAUAAUGUCUGCCAGUACCACCACGUUGCGUUAUCCUGGUUAUAUGAACAAUGAUUUGAUUGGGCUGAUUGCCUCCCUUAUUCCCACACCUAGGUUGCACUUCCUUAUCACAGGAUAUACCCCUCUCACCACUGAUCAGGCUGUGGCCAGUGUAAGGAAAACUACUGUUCUUGAUGUCAUGCGUCGGUUAUUGCAGCCUAAAAAUGUGAUGGUAUCCAUGGGGCGUGAUAGGCAGACAAACCAUUGCUACAUUGCCAUCCUUAACAUCAUCCAAGGGGAAGUGGACCCAACCCAGGUCCAUAAAAGCUUACAGCGGAUCCGAGAGAGGAAACUAGCCAACUUCAUUCCUUGGGGUCCUGCCAGCAUCCAAGUGGCACUUUCAAGGAAAUCUCCAUACUUACCAUCAGCCCAUAGGGUCAGUGGUCUCAUGAUGGCUAAUCAUACCAACAUUUCCUCGCUCUUUGAGCGUACCUGCCAUCAAUAUGAUAAACUACGCAAGCGUGAAGCCUUCCUAGAACAGUUCCGAAAAGAAGACAUGUUCAAAGAGAAUUUUGAUGAACUUGAUGACUCCCGAAAGUUUGUCCAGGAGCUGAUUGAUGAAUAUCAUGCUGCCACUCGGCCUGACUAUAUCUCUUGGGGCACUCAGGAACAAUAAAUUAAUUUGUAAUGUGGUUUUACCUGUCUGUAUUCUUGUAACAAUAAAUUCGCUUAAAUCUCAGUAUUUCCUUUCUGUUACUUAUACCUGGAAGUAGUUGCAGAUCUCUUUCCAAGAGAAGAGAUUUCUUCUAUACUGUUGGGUUUACAACUAUUCAUUUAACUUUGACCAUUCAAAGUUAUAACCUCAUUGAAAAACUGACUUUUUUUCAUCUUAGGAUGUUGCAGCAUCCCUAUGGUCACAUGGGAUAUCUGAGAAAACUCAGGUACUUGGCAAUUGGCAUGUAUUUAUGAGAGUUGCAGUAGCUUGUGGUCAUGUGAUCACCUUUUGUGACCUUUUGACAAGUGAAGUCAAUGAGGAAGCCAGAUUCACUUAACAACCAUGUUAUUAAUAUAAGGACUGCAAUGAUUCACUUAACAACUGUGGCAAAAAGUCAUAAAAUGGGGCAAAGUUCCAUUAAAAACUGCUUUGCUUAGCAAUGAAAAUUUUGGACUCAGUUCUGAUUAUAAGUGAAGGGAUACUUGGUGAGCUAUCAUUAAGCCCAACUUCCUCCUUUCUAAAGGAAUCUGGCUAGAUUAACAUCAAGCAAUAUACCAAUUUAUUUUGUUUAUUUUUAAUGUUCUUAAAAUGCUUUUUGUAUCUUGAGCUAUGUUCAUUUGCACUUGUGCUUAUUUAAACAUGUUUCUGCUGAGGAAGCCUCAGAGUGGAUAAUGAAGAGAAACAUCUACAGGCAUUUUAAAAUAAUCCAAACCUGUAUUUCUUGCAUACAUUUCUGGCAAUUUUGAAUUGCUCAGCAUUUAAUCUGCAGAUCCAUUAACAUAUAAUGGAUGAAGAAAGAUUAAAACAGGAAGAGUAAGCUAGACAGUGGAGGCCUGGAUAUCUGUGUAGUGAUCUAUGCUAGUAAUGAAGAAACAUAGUAAUUGAUAGUGAACCUACUUCGCCAAAUACUGCUGCAUUUUGUCACUGAUAGAGGGACUUCUUUAUAUUUUAAUUUUUCAAUAUAUUCCUCAAUGAUGUUUAUAUAUUACAGAUGUUGUAAGUCAUACGUGUAGAAAAUUAUAAUUGUCAUAAUAAAGAUUUCAUAUCAUUUGA